AAGAGGCGGAACCGAAUAAAAGGAAAGUGUUUUCUACCGAACACAUUUCGAAAAAGUACGCGUUCUCUCGUUGCCGUGGCAGCAUCGACUUCAGGAAGAACGUUUGAGCGAUUAAUGAUGGAUGCUCGACAGAUAGAUCUGCUCGGUGGCAACGAGAACAUAGUUGAAAUGCAGAAUUUGGAAGGAGAAGACUUUGCUGUUUCCAAAUCAUCGGAUGCUGAUGCAGAAUUUGACAUGGUUAUCGGGAACAUCGAGGAUAUUAUAAUGGAGGAUGAAUUCCAACAUCUCCAGCAGUCUUUCAUGGAGAAAUAUUACCUUGAGUUUGAUGACUCUGAAGAAAACAAGCUCAGCUAUACACCUAUUUUUAAUGAAUAUAUUGAAAUCCUAGAAAAACAUCUGGAGCAGCAGUUGUUGGAGCGAAUUCCUGGAUUCAAUAUGGAUGUCUUCACCCAUUCACUCAAACAGCACAAAGAUGAAGUCUCGGGUGACAUACUAGACAUGCUGCUCACUUUCACUGACUUUAUGGCCUUUAAAGAGAUGUUCAUUGAUUACAGAGCAGAAAAGGAGGGUAGAGGAUUGGACCUUAGUACUGGCCUGGUGGUCAAGUCUUUAAACUCUGCUUCCGCUUCACCUCUGACCUCCAGCAUGACCUCACAAUAGAACUGAACCAAUGGGCAUUUCAUGUAAAUGAUCAGUCACCACAUGAUUAUUCCCAUGUAAAAAGAUGAAGAUUUAUUGAAAACUCCUUUCUGGCUCAUCCCAAAACAAACAGACACUGUUGUACUAACUUGACAGAAGGGAAUCAGUGUUUAACUUAGGUUAAUGUUUAAACGUAACAUUCAGGUUAACCGUCAGCUCAUCCUCUUUAGCAGUAUUCAUAUGAUCUGUGACAAAAUGCAGACUCAGCCUGGAUCAGUCUUUUAUAUUUUGUUGAUCUACAGCUCAGCAAAACACUUGUUUCUGACCAAACUGAUAGUGAGCAUGUGAGUAUCUGAAAGCUGCCACUUUAUUGCACUUUUUCAAAUAGAACCCCUUUUUUUAACGGUUAAGUCCUUAUACAACAUAAUGUACCAAAAUAAUUACUUUCACUUGACAAUCAUAAAGGGCUUUUCAUUACAAAAGUAUUACACAAUGUUCCUGAUAUAACAACAGUUCUAAAAGACCCGUUUUUUUAUUUACAAGACCGUAUCCCCAGGUAAAAUAUUACAGAAUAAAAAAAUGUAUAUGGUGUUUAUACAGUCACCAGAAACAAUGCAAAUAAUCUCAUGCAGUUUUUCAUGCUCUUUAAUAUGACGUGGAGUCCAUGUUUUGGAUGGCUUUCAUAUCUUCUGAGUGACAAUAAGAAGGAAAUAUUCAAAAUAAUACUUGUUUUGUUGAUGUAUAAAUGACUAAUGUCAGCCUUUUUACUUCCUUCUUAGAAGAAUGUGUUGUUCUUACUAGAUGAAUGUUGCGUAAUUGUGUAUAUUUGUUCAUUAUUUGUAUAUAUAGACAUAUUUGAGUUUGUGUAUGAGAGAAAUAAAUACAGUGGUUCUUUAA